ACCCUGAUAUUAGUAUGGCAAGAAAGAAGAAGCUACGUCCUGGGCCAGGGGCCAUUGCUGAAGUCCUCGCAAAAUUCAUCAAGCCCGUCAAACCUGUUCCUGGUCCAAAGCAUCGAAGCACGGUCAUUCUUCAAGAGGAAAAGGCGAUCACAUGCUCCUUUUUGGAGAACCUGGUGAACCAAGAGCCGAAUAUCGAAUGGCGUCAUUCAAAGGCGCGAAGGAUCUUAGUUGAGGAUGUGAAGAAAGGUGUUAUUAAAUUUGAUGACGACAAUAAGCUUUGGGUUCACGGUCAUGAUAGCUCUUCAAGGCAAAUGGCAAUCAAUCACAGCAAUGCUGAAGUGAUGGAUAACUUUGAUGAUGAAAACAUCUUUGCCCAUUACGCUCUCGUCUUCCCUCCAGAGACUGUACUAUCCAUCGAUUGCCUCGAUAUGCACGAAUAUGACCGUCGCCAGAAGAUUCUUCCGAUGGCACCCAUCGGCGCUCUUACUGAAGUUGCGCCUCUCCUAGUCAAACUGGGUACUUCAAGAACGAUGAUUACGUUCAAUGGCAGGUGCUUCGUGGAGACGGUGAGGGCCUUCGCUUUGCGCAAACAGCUCCUUCCAGGAGCUCCAGAGCUGCAGACAUGUUUUGGAAUACAUAGGUUGUAG